AUGUUGUUUUUCCUAUCUGUAACAAUUCCAUGGAGUUGUAUCUCAGAAAGAAAUAAAGAAGUGUAUUUGGCUGCAGGCCGCCAUAAAAUUACAAUCCAAGGAGCCAAUGGAGGUCGUGGCUGUAAACAAUGGAAACAUGCAGGUUAUGGUGGAAAUGGAGCUCAAAUUUCUGGAUCAAUUGAUGUUAAAGGCGGCCAUUAUAUUGUCGUAAACGUUGGGGAGAUGAUAUAUGGAGAUUGUGAAAGAGCUGCCAUAGGCGGAAAACCUGGUGGUGGAAAUGGUGGUAAUGAUUGGAUGGUUGGUUCUUUUGGUGGUGAUUUUUCUGGAAGUGGAGGAGGAUAUAGUGAAGUUAAGGUAAAAAAUACAGGUUCUAUCAUCAUGCUUGCCGGAGCUGGCUCUGGAGGUUGUGGCAGAUAUAAAGGUGGUAAUGCAGGUGGUGUUGGCUAUUUUCUAAGUUACAAUAAUGCCAAGAUGAAUGAACAUGGCAGCUCAAGGAAAGGAGGUGAUGGAGAAAAAAGUGCUACAACUCCUGGGGCCGGUGGUGGUGGUGGGUGGCGUGGAGGUCCGGGAGGGAAAGGAACUUAUUUAUACCAAUCUGAUACCGUAGCUUGUGGUUAUGGUGGAUCUUCAUACGUUAAUAAUUCAAUGGUUCGAGGUGCAAGCGUAAAAGAUGGAAGCAAAACUAAUUACACAGGACAUGGAUGCUUUUCUGUUGAAACCGAGUUUUAUUGCAUGGAUUAUUGUUAUGCUUGUUCAAGUGCAUCAACAUGUGAUCAGUGUAAUUCAGGGAAGAAGUUGUAUGAUCGAAAGUGCUACUUAUCAUGUGAUAAAACACCAGAUGCAACAUAUGAUACAGGAAAAGGAACAUGUUCUAAAUGUGAUAGCAGUUGUAAGACAUGUGAUGGUGCAGGUGCAUCACGAUGCACAUCAUGUCCAUCAGGCAAAGUUUUGUGGAAUGGUCGAUGCAUGCCAUUAAAUACUCCUGUUCCAACACCUCAGACAACACCUCUCAUCACACCAGUAUCAACACCAUACUUAACUGCAUUCCAAACAAUGAUGAACACGCCUGUUGAUACUCCAUUCGAUACACCUUUCACAACAGCAUAUAUGACAGCAUCAUACACAUUAUUCGAAACACCAUAUCUCACCGAACAUCAAACAUUAUCAGAAACACCAUUCGAAACAGCAUAUUCUACAGCCCAUGAAACACCAUUUGAUUCACCAUAUUUAACAGAACAAGAGACACCAUAUGAAACAGUUUUCGAAACACCAUAUUCAACAGCAUAUGAAACACCAUAUAUCACACCUUAUAUCACAGAACAAGAAACAUUUUCAGAAACACCAUUUGAUACACCAUAUCUCACAGAACAUGAAACACCAUAUAUUACACCUUAUAUGACAGAGCACCAGACAUUUUCAGAAACACCUUUUGAAACAUUAUAUUCAACAGCACAUGAAACACCUUAUGUCACACAGUUUGAAUCUCCUUUCUCAACAGCUCAUGAGACUCCAUUCGAAACAGUUUCAUAUACUCCAUUCAUCACAUCUCAAGAAACUAUUUUUGAAACUCCAUUUAUCACUGCAGAAUCAACAGCAUUUGAAACUCCAUAUUAUACACCUUUCUUGACUUCAGAUGAAACUCCAUAUGAUACUCCAUUCUUAACGUCCGAUCAAACACCAUUCGACUCUCCUCUGAUCACAGAAAAAGAAACAGCAUUCGAAACACCAUAUGAUACACCAUUCUCGACAUCAGAUCAGACACCAUUCGAUACUCCUGUUGUUACAGAAAAGGAAACUGUAUUCGAAACACCAUUCAACACACCUUUCGAAUCACAAUUUGAAACAGCACAUAUCACUCCUUUCGAUACACCUUUCAUGACAGAACAUGAAACAGUUUUCGAAACACCAUUCUCUACCGCAGACGAAACAGCAUUCAAUACACCAUACGACACACCAUUCAUGACCGAAGAAGAGACAGUAUUCGAAACACCUUUCUACACAGAACAAGAAACAGCUUUCAAUACACCAUACGACACACCAUUCAUGACAGAGAAAGAAACAGCAUUCGAAACACCUUUCUUUACUCCUUUCAUCACACCUAGUGAAUCAACACCACAAUCAACAACAUCUCAAACAAACAACGCUAAGAUCGACUCAGGUAACGGACAGACUACAUCGAAUAAGAAUAAGAAGAAUCUUUAUAUGUAUAUUGGAAUCGGAAGUGGAAUCCUAUUCUUAAUCGUUCUCAUUAUAAUCAUUGUUCUCAUUAUUCACUACAAGAAAGGAGCUGAAGAUGAGGAAGAGGAAGAAGAAAGUCAAUCUCACGAGAUGGAUGUCGAAACAGUCAUUCAGACAACAUCGUGUCCGCAAACAGAUGUCACAAUGGAUAAUCCAUUAUGGAGUGAAUCAUUUGCAGCAGAUGAUACUGACGAUGUUUUCAGACAAGAUUAUGAAGAAGCAGUUGAAUUAUUCUUGUAA